CACAAGUCAGUAGUGAAUAGAUAGCAAAUACCGUGGAAAACAACAUUGAAUGGCAUUGAAUGACAUGUUGUGUGACGUUCAGAGCAAUUCUCAAUAGGAUUUCACAAACUUUUUGAUGAAUAGAAAGUUGUGUCGAAACUCAUGUCUCGUUGAAAGAGAAACAAAACUUUUGGUUCAAAGCAUUCACGCAUUAAAUGCAUUAUUAUUUGCAAUUUGUGUCAAUAAAUCAUAUGAUUGAGUGUUAGUAUUAGUUACAAGUGAUGGCAUUUUGCGGUAAACUUUGUUGGAGAAGAAGUUAUUUAAAUAUUUUCAAUUCACGCAAACUCUUGGUUCCGAAGAGUGUCACCUCCAGUCGAAACCUCUUCCAAGUUAACCAUCGAAGACAUGACAGGAGACCAGAUGUGACACACAUUGACAAGAGUUGGUUGCACUUGAGUUACAACCGAUUGGCACCAGAAGUGGUUCCCUUCCUCUUGUCAGACAUCGGUGAAGGUAUCGGUGAAGUGACUGUCAAGGAGUGGUACGUCAAGUGCAGAGCGAUAAGGCGUCCGUCACUAUCACCAGUCGAUACGAUGGUGUCAUUCGGCACAUCCAUUACGAAAUCGAUGGCNGAUGGUGUCAUUCGGCACAUCCAUUACGAAAUCGAUGGCAUCGCCAAAGUUGGCAAACCUUUGGUUGACAUUGAGAUCGUCUCCACUAAUGAGGAACAAAUGGACGCCGUUUUGGACGAAGAAUCGGACAAAUCGUCAAACAUUUCGCUGUCGGCCACAGACGACAAUAAAUCCUUUGAGUCGACCGCCAAAGUGCUGACCACUCCUGCCGUCAGAAGACUUGCAAACGAACACAACAUUAGACUCACAGACAUAUCGGGCACCGGAAGAGACGGAAGGAUUCUCAAAGAGGAUGUCUUGACUUACAUCGAGAACAGCAGCAAAACAAGUGUUGUGUCCACAGAUAAAAGUGUUGCCAAACCCGUUGACGCCGAUUCAGACAAAUCCAAAACUCAACCGAAACCGACAUUUAAAGUGAGGGAAGAAGCGUCGACUGUGAGCGACAAAACGGAACCGAUUAAAGGCAUUAAGAAAGCGAUGACUAAG